AUGGUUUUACGUCAUGCAUCAGAGAGAUUUCGUCUUGCUUAUGAAAUACCACUAGAAGAAGAUGAAUCGUUUGGUGUAUUUGCACAAUUUCUUAAUGUAACUGUUGAUCAACUUGAUGAAAAUUCAUAUCGAUCUGAUAUAUUGGAUGUAAAUGAAUCAUUUUAUGAUAAUGACUUAGAUGAAGAUAAUACAUCUGAUUACCAUGAUGAUGAAAAUUCACAAUCAUCAUCAAUUUAUCAGUGGCAUCGUGAUCAACAUUUUGAUAUUCAAAAUUUAAUAACAAAAUACGUUGAUGAUAAAAUAAUUAAUAUUACUGCAAUGGAUUUUGUUAAAAACCUACCACAAAUUAAUAGAAAUAAUUAUCAAGCAAAUCGUUUACCUUUUGAAAUGCUUCGAUCAUAUGCUUAUCUAAUUGAAGAAAAAAAUCGUGGUCGAUCAGGUCGUGAUGGUAUGAUAGAAUUUUAUAUUGAACGUACACAAUUAACUGAUGAUUUGUUAUCUCUUGAUCAUUUACUUUCCAUAUGUAGAUGGGAAAAGGCAUAUAAACAUAUUCUAUCUCUUGAUAAUGUUCGAAGUCUUUCAUUAGCAACAUUUGUUGCAUUAUAUUCAUCAAAAAAUGAUUGUCAAUUAAUUACAGCUGAUGAUGCUGAACAUUUUCGCUCAAUACUUCAUACUUGUUUACCAUAUUAUGUAAAUGGUUAUAUGGAUGUACCAUUUAGUGAUAAGUUUCUUAAUCGUGUUUCAUUUGAACGUCAGCCCGGCUUUUAUACUUAUCAAGAACAAACUAAAGCUGUUUAUACUGCUUUACGUCACACUUGUUUUUAUAAAAAUAUAACACGUUUUAUAUUUGAUCAUUUUGUUGAUAAAAAAUUUAUCAAUGAAUUUCAACGUUCAAAAAAUCAUACAAAAUUAUCAAUAUCUAUGAUAUUAAUAUCAAAUUAUAAAAUAAUAAAAUAUAAUCGUACACGUGAUCAAACAAUGUGUUUAAGACGACAACCAUAUACAAGAAAACAUUGUCAAGAACGUAGUUGUAUUGAUGAUUAUAAAAGUAAUCUUAUUGAUAAAUCAUGUGCUAAUGAAGAAUUAGCAUUUGAGAAUUGUGAAAAAUAUUGUCAAUGUAAACAUCAAUGUCUGAAUGAAACUGAACAAGUUAUUUUGCUAGUACCAAUUUUAAGAGAACCACAAUUAAUUGAAAUAUACAUAGAGAAAUUUUCUCGAAAACAACAAUUAUCAAAAUAUAAAGAUGAAUUCGUAAAACUUAUUGCACUAAAUUUUGCUGCUGUUAGAGAAAAAGCAGCUAUGGUACAGGUAUAUGAAGGUUAG